UACCAUGUAUUGCGGUCAGUACCGUUGAACUUACUACCUAUUUUAUAUUGUGAAUAUUGGUCUGAAACACUACUGUUUUAAUUUAAUCAAGAUUAUUGACGAUGCCAAACGAAUGUUAUUCUAAAACUUAUGAUCGGUUCGUCUGUGUAAAAUCUGUCAAGUGAGAGGUUUGAACUGUCAGUGAGUCUCACUCGACAUCGACAAACAAAUGUCAAAUAAAUUUCGAGUUACUGAGCGUUUUGGUGGCGUUAUUUAUCUUGUAUUUCUGUUUUGCGAACGGUUAGAAACAGUUGCGGUUUUUCAUUGUGAUAUUGUUUCCUGGGCUUUGUAAAUUUUCCAUUUUAUAACUAAUAUCAAAGUAUUACAGAAUUUGCACAAUGGCUAGUGAAGACGUUAUUGAAUUGGGCUCUUCGGACGAGGACGCUGAGCCGGCUCCAAAAAGGGUGAAACCCAGACCAAAUGCUAUGGUUCACAUACCGUCUAAGCUCACUAGUAUGGGCAAAAAGCCUUCAAAAGCGAAUGUAAAUCCAAUAAAUAAAUUAAUUGGGAAGGGAGUGACUGUGACCAAAGUAAAUAAUACCAAUCAAGUAUCAUACAAUAACAGAAAUGGGAAAAGUGUUAAAGCAGGACCUAUACUAAUUAAAAAUCAAAGCGGAUCAUCAUGUCAGAGGACGUUUUUACCUAUUCGGACAGUUGGCAUGACUGUCAAGCCAUUGAAUGUGCUUAAAAACAUUACCCCACAAAUAAUUAAGGUUGCGGGCAAUCAAAAAGGUAUGAGACAUCCAAUUAUAGUUCAAGGCAAUAAAGCAGUUACUAGAUUGCCUCCUGGUGUCACAAUUACAAAAACUACAGCAAAUAAUAAACGACAUGCUUUAACUACUCUAGCAAAUGUUAAGAAGAAAAAGAAAGUACUUCCACCUUCAAGUGAAAUUUUGACUGUUGACCUAGACGAUGAUGACAUUCCGGAAACAUCUACUAAUAACCCCCAGUGGUACUUACGGCCUGAAGAGCAAUCUUCAGAUCAAGUAUCAGACAUUUGCACUGAUCAGAAUUCUGAAUUGGAAGCAAUGAAUAAUGCUGAACCUGCACCAUCAAAUUUAAUAGAAAUUACAAUAGAAGACAGUCCUAUUAAAUCUGUUCAAAAUAAAAGAACACAUGAAAUUGGAGCUGAAUUGGCAAUCACAAUUGAUGACAGCCCUGUGAAGUCUUUUGCAGCCAAAACAGCAUCAGUUGAUAGUGACGAUGAGGAAGUAGAGCUUUCUACUAAAGAUAAACAUAGCAAAAAGAAAUUGAAUUAUCCUAAAGAAACUGAUGUUAUAAGUAGUGGCACUAUUGAAAUUGAAAUUGAGCCAAUGGUAACUGAAGUAUACCAAGAAAGUAAUAGUGAUGAGAGAGUUGAGAAGAAUGAUGAAGAUAAUCAAACAGAAGAUUUAGUAAUGGGCAUAGUGGACACACCUGUGAAAAAAGUCCAGACUCCAGUAACAACACCAAAGAAAGCUGGAAAAGAUGAACAAUCAAAAAGCACAUCAGAUACAAUACCUGAAUCCUCUACAUCUGGAGAAUUUCAUCCAUUGUAUCAAGAAUUCAUUGACUUAUGUUUCAAAUUGGAAAACUCUAAUGAUAUGCAGACUAUAGUGGAGAAAAAGAUAAAAGGGUAUUAUAGGCAGGUUCCCAAAGAAUAUACAGAAUCAGAAGAAUUUAUAGAAUUAGUGCAAAGUAAAUUAUUUGCAAUGAAGGCAAGUCCUGAAAAAAUGUAUUUGUACAUAAAAGACAUUGUUGAUGAAUUAAACUUGCAAAGAAAAGUAGCAAAAUCCACACCUGUGGUUAAAGAAACUAAGAACUUAGAGGCUGAAAGAUUCCAAUAUGGAGAAGAAAGUGAAUUUGACUCGAAGCGUCAAAGACAGAUACGUAAGUUGGAGAAGACUCUCAAAAAGCUUCAUCGUGCCAUUCAAAAACUUGAAGAGCAGGAGGUAGAUUUUGAUGAUGAAGAGGAUUCCGUUUAUUUACUUACUGAAAGGUACAAAGAACGAAUGGUCAGAGUACACGCGAAAUUCUGUCAACUUACCAAUACUAAGAUGCCUUCAGAGCCUCGUAUCACAAUAGACCCUCGCCCUGGACAACCUGCAGGGCCCGCUAAGCGGUUGGAGAAGUGGGUGAAUAAGAAAGUGCCUAUAGGAAAACCACUGCCGUUCCCUGACUUCCAUGAUGUACUUCGUUGUGUUAGAGAUGCAAACGAAGAAGAUAACUUGAGAUGGAAUGAUGCUGAUGUAAUGGAAGAAGCUAGAGACUUAUUUACGAGAUGCGGAAAGAAAUUGCAACGACGCAGACAAGAAAAUGAAUGGCGUCUAGCCGCGUCAAGAAUAUCAUUAGAGGUGGACCCUGCGGAAAACAGUGACGAUUUGAAGAGGAAGUUAGAAAAUAACAAGCAGCUAGCAGAUAAAAAGGAGACUGACGUUUUGAAUAAGUUUGCUGAUAAACAAAAUCAGCUAAAACUGGAACCAGAAGAGAUAGGUGACAAAGAGGCUGAAGACUCACCAGUUGAAACUGAAGAAGAAAAUGAUGAAGAGGGAGUUGUAGAAGAAAGCUUUCCUUUAGAAAAUAAAGAGAAGAGAAAAGACAGGUUGCGAAGACUUAUUCAAGAAAAAUCGAAAAGAAGUGCUGAAGAAAAAGAGAAUAAGCCAAAGGAAGAUUCAAAUAGUAAAGAUGGCAGCGAAAAAGUAAGUGUUAAUGAGGAUAGUAGUGAAAAACAAACUGAUGGCCCUGAUAAUGAGGCGGGCAGUACACAAAUGGAAGUUGAACUAAGUAUAGAAAAUGAAAAUAAAGAGUGCAAGGAAGAUGAUAAGGAUGCAGAAGGUACAAAUGAUGAAGAAUUAACUUCGAAGCAAGAGACACAUUCUAUUAGUGAUGAUAGCAACAUAGACUCCGACGUAGAUGAGCUCCAUCUUUUGCAGAAGUUACAUUCUGAUGAAUUUAACUCUUCGACAAGUCAUUCUUCGGAUUCGGAUUCGCCUAUAGAUAUUUCUGACACACUUUCGAGUGGUGAUAAUAGGGAGAAACCUGGCAGUGACGUUAUUAGUAUUGAAAAUUCCAGUUAUUCGGAAUCCGAAACUAAAGAUGAUGAUAACUCUGUAAAAAAUAGUUGUGAUAUCUUACAAAAAAAUAGAUUGUCUGGAGAAAUUGAAUAUUCAUCUGCUGGAGUACAGUUGAAUAAAGUUAAUAACGCUAAGCAAUAUGACAAUGAGACAUGUGAAAGCAUUCUCCUUGCGUCAUCUGACGAUAGUGAAGAUAAAAAUUGCGAAGUUGCAGAUGGAUGUGUUAAUUUAAAAGACGAUGCUAUUUCCAUUGGUGAUACAGUUAUUCAAAAAAGCAACAAAGAAAACAAUGAAUUAACAGAAGAUGGCGUCCCUGAGACAGAAAGUGAAAAGCUUAAAGCUAUAAAUAUCAAUUUAGCAGAAACUUUAACAAAAUGUGCGGAAUCUGAUUCAGUAGAAAAUGUUAAUUCAAUGAAUGAGGUUGAGCAGCAAAAAGAAAGCUCUGAAAAGUUAAAACUGGCUGACAAUACUGAGGUAGAAACGUGUUCGCUGAGCAAAGAAGUUAUUGAGAAUGACUCACAAAUGGCAUCACAUACUGACGCUCCUGAUUUGGGUGUUGAGCUAAAAAGUUCUGAAACAAAUGACGUAGCAACAUCUAGAGAUUCUGAUGUAAAUGAUAAUGAAGUAACAAAUAUUGAAAAUCCCAAUAAUGGGGAAAAUUUAGAUAAAGAAAUGCAGGAUGUAAGUUCUGCAGAAAAGGAAACAUGUAAAAAUGUUACAAUAGAUGAAAAUAAGAAUGAUGCCUCUCAACACGGGUCAGAUGUGAUCCAUGAAAUAGAUAAUGUGUCGCCAGUCACCGAAGAACUGCAAACGGAACAAAAAGAGGCGAAAUUAGCUGAAGAAGAUAGCAACGUAAAAGAUUCAUCUAAUUCCAACAACACAGAUGAAACUAAGAGUUUAGAAACAAUGAUAGAGGAGCUUAAGUCUGAUUUGGCUGGCAAUGCUUUUGAUAAUACUACGUAAUGUACACGAUUGAUUUAAGAAUAAUUAUCGAUACUGUAUUUAAGUAAUUCAUAAAUACACAUAUUAUUUCUAGUUGUAAUAAGUUUUUUUAU